AGGUGGAGGCCAGCCACGCGGCGGGGAAGCAGAUGCAGCAAGAGGUCGAGCGCGACUGGAACAGGCAGAUCCGCGACCAGAAGCAGAAGAUGAAGAAGCUCUUCUCCAAGAUGGGCAGCGAGGAGGGACCCGACAAGGAGGCGGCGGAGCAGGCCAAGGCGGAGCGGGCACAGGCUCGGCUGAGGUGUGCCGUCCGGUGGACCAGCGACGACGUGGAUUCGGAUGCCUACGAGCGUGGCGACACACCGGCCUGCGAUGGAUUGGGGCCUCGCGCUCACGCGGACCACGCUGUGGUCCCUGGAGCAGCUCGCCGUCGAGGGGAGAGCAACUGCCUCCCCGACGGCCAGGACCACGAGCGCGCCAGCCUCUGGUUCUUGGGGGCGUCGUCCAGCUGCGAGCUGAGAUGGCUGAAGCCGCCCGAGCUCAUGGAGCGCGGCUGCCUGGGGUGAAGGAGCUCGAGGUGGUCAUGAUCGGCUUCCUGGGCGAG